GAUGUGAAGAUUUGGAUGCUUUCAUACAAGCAAGCACACAUUCAGGCAGCCAAAACAGUACGGAAGAUACACUUCUGAAAAACAUUGAAAUGGUAGGACUUGAAUAUAGCACUCCAACACCAAAAAAUGGGGAUUGCUUUUUUGAAGCUGUAAGUGACCAACUGAUCAGACUUGGUUUACAAAGACAAAAUCCAGCUGUUCUUAGACAGAAUGUGAUUGACUUUCUUGAACAUAAUCCAGCACUAGAGCAAGAAGACGGACAUAUUCACUGGAAUAAUUUUGUUGAGAAUGAUGAUGUGAAGGCAUAUCUGACACGAAUGUCUAAGAAAGGAGAAUGGGCAGAUCAUGUUGUUGUACUAGGGAUGUCAGCUGUCUUAAAAUGUAACAUUAUUAUAAUCACCAGCAGCCCUAACACUCACCCUGAUGACAAUAUCAUUUGGAUUAAUUGUAACAAUGCCUCUGCUGAUCUUCUUCUGGGUCAUAUUUGGGAAAACCAUUACCAAUCAUUGCGUCCAUUUUAUUUAAAACCCAAAACAGGUUAG